UCCGGGCGCGUCUCUGUGCGCGUGUGUCUGUUUGGAGCGGAGGAGAGGCUUGGGUGACAGGCGAGGGGUGGGGGGAAGAGUUCAGUCUGAGUCGCAGUCUCAUUCACUGAUUUCUCUCCAGCUGGACGGAGGCUGCCUCGGCACGCGGCUUCCAACUACUCCCGUAGCUCAGUACCCACUCCAGCCGCUCUACUCAGCCAGGCAGACAGACAGACAGACUCGCUAGUUGGCAGCUUCACUCCCGAGGGUGCUGGGAGCCUAGGCGACGAGGACCCGGCACCCCUAGUUCAGGGAGGUGGGAUGCGGUGUGGACAGCAGCGCUAAGUACUCCCCACUCCCAGUGCGAGGCGCACUCCCUCCUGGCCUCAGGCCGAGCAGCGGCAGCGGCGGCGGCGGAGGGGAUGAGCCCGGGACGCGUGAGGCGCCUGCCUCAAGCUACUGCCCGGAGGGGGACGCUGAGCAAGGCUCAUCGCAGGACCCCGCGGACCCCUGUCCCCAGUGGCACACGGCUGCGGAGCCUUGGAGCCGCGUCUGUGGUCAGGAUGCACUAGGCACCUCCUUGCUGGUGAGGAUGUCCUGCUGCGAGGCCCUGCGACCCCAGCCCCAGUCCCAGUUGGGCAAGACUGAGUGGGCCCGGCUUCGGCCCCUCGUGCCGGUGGAUGAAACGUUUCGGAGUGCUUGGGUGCCGUCAGCUAUCGAAUCUGAAUUCUAAGCGCCAUGGACGAAGGCACUGGACUGCAGCCCGGGGCGGGAGAGCCGCCGGCCACCGCAGGAGCUGUUCAAGAGAGAUGCGAGCCGGAGACCCUCAGGUCUAAGAGUUUACCUGUCCUCAGCAGCGCCUCCUGCCGGCCGAGCCUCAGUCAUGCGAGUGUAGACGCCAAGCCGGCCUUCGGCUGUAGGGAUUCUUCGGGCCACCAGGAGUUGAAACAAGGCCCGAACCCGUUGGCCCCCAGUCCCUCUGCCCCGUCCACUUCGGCGGGGAUGGCGGGGCUCGGGGACUGCGAUCACAGGGUGGACGUCAGCAAAACCUUCUCGGUGUCCUCUGCCCUGGCCACGCUCCAGGAGAGAAGGUGCCUCUACGUGGUCCUCACGGAUUCCCGUUGCUUCCUGGUGUGCAUGUGCUUUCUGACCUUCAUCCAGGCGUUAAUGGUCUCUGGGUACCUGAGCAGCGUCAUCACCACCAUUGAAAGGCGCUACAGUCUGAAGAGUUCCGAGUCAGGGCUGCUGGUCAGCUGCUUUGACAUCGGGAACCUGGUGGUGGUGGUAUUUGUCAGCUACUUUGGUGGCCGGGGUCGGCGGCCCCUGUGGCUGGCCGUGGGUGGACUCCUCAUCGCCUUUGGGGCAGCCCUCUUCGCCUUACCUCAUUUCAUCUCGCCCCCCUACCAGAUCCAAGAGUUGAAUGCCUCGGCCCCCAACGACGGCCUGUGUCAGGGUAGCAACUCCACCGCCACUUUGGAUCCUCCUGCCUGUCCGAAGGACUCGGGAGGAAAUAAUCACUGGGUCUACGUGGCUUUAUUCGUUUGUGCGCAGAUUCUCAUUGGAAUGGGCUCCACACCCAUUUAUACUCUGGGACCAACCUACUUAGAUGACAAUGUCAAGAAAGAAAACUCCUCCUUGUACCUAGCCAUCAUGUAUGUCAUGGGAGCACUUGGCCCGGCGGUGGGAUAUUUAUUAGGUGGACUUCUUAUUGGUUUUUAUGUUGAUCCCAGAAAUCCUGUUCACCUUGACCAGAAUGACCCUCGUUUCAUUGGAAACUGGUGGAGUGGAUUCCUCCUUUGUGCCAUUGCAAUGUUUCUUGUGAUAUUCCCAAUGUUUACUUUUCCAAAAAAGCUUCCACCUCGACACAAGAAAAAGAAAAAGAAAAAAUUUUCUGCUGAUGCUGUUACUGAUGAUGAUGUUCUGAAGGAGAAAUCAAACAACAGUGAACAAGUGGACAAAAGAGUUUCUUCUAUGGGAUUUGGAAAGGAUGUCAGAGACCUACCAAGAGCAGCUGUCAGGAUCUUAAGCAACAUGACAUUCCUUUUUGUGAGUUUGUCAUACACAGCUGAGAGUGCCAUUGUAACUGCUUUCAUUACCUUCAUUCCCAAGUUCAUCGAGUCACAGUUUGGUAUCCCAGCCUCCAAUGCCAGCAUCUACACUGGGGUUAUUAUCGUCCCCAGUGCUGGUGUUGGUAUUGUUCUCGGAGGCUAUAUUAUUAAAAAAUUGAAACUUGGUGCCAGAGAAUCUGCAAAACUAGCAAUGAUCUGCAGUGGGGUGUCUUUACUGUGCUUUUCAACCCUCUUCAUUGUUGGAUGUGAGAGCAUUAAUCUAGGGGGCAUAAACAUCCCUUAUACAACAGGACCUUCUCUCACCAUGCCCCAUAGGAAUCUGACAGGAAGCUGCAACGUUAAUUGUGGUUGUAAAAUACACGAGUACGAGCCAGUCUGUGGAUCAGAUGGAAUUACAUACUUUAACCCGUGUCUGGCUGGCUGUGUUAAUAGUGGUAAUCUUAGCACUGGGAUACGGAAUUAUACAGAAUGCACCUGUGUCCAAAGUCGACAAGUGAUUACUCCGCCCACUGUGGGACAGCGCAGUCAGCUCCGUGUGGUUAUUGUCAAGACUUAUCUCAAUGAGAACGGUUACGCCGUGUCUGGGAAGUGUAAACGGACCUGCAAUACCCUUAUCCCAUUCUUAGUUUUUCUUUUCAUAGUCACCUUCAUCACAGCAUGUGCGCAACCAUCAGCCAUCAUAGUAACACUCAGGUCCGUGGAAGAUGAGGAGAGGCCUUUUGCACUGGGAAUGCAGUUUGUUUUGUUACGAACACUUGCAUACAUUCCUACUCCCAUCUACUUCGGAGCAGUCAUUGACACCACCUGCAUGCUCUGGCAGCAGGAGUGUGGCGUGCAGGGUUCUUGCUGGGAGUACAACGUGACGUCGUUUCGUUUUGUCUAUUUUGGUUUGGCGGCCGGCCUCAAGUUCGUGGGCUUUAUUUUUAUUUUUCUGGCCUGGUACUCCAUAAAAUACAAGGAGGAUGGCCUGCAGAGGCGGAGGUGGAGAGAAUUCCCCCUGAGCACUGUCAGUGAGAGAGUGGGCCACCCCGACAGCGCCCGGACUAGAUCUUGCCCAGCUUUCGGCACCCAGGGAGAAUUCCACGAAGACACUGGUCUGCAGAAGGGGAUCCAGUGCGCAGCGCAGACCUACCCGGGGCCCUUCCCGGAAGCAAUAAGUUCCUCCACAGACCCGGGGCUGGAAGAGAGCCCCGCUGCCCCGGAGCCACCCUCCUGAAGCUUGAAAAUGGAAGUAUUUAGUUUUGUUGGUUGAGUUGAAAAUGGCGACUUGAGAAACAACCGUGCCUUCUAUUCUUUCUUUUUUUAACCUCUACAGACACAAUCCUCAAACCAACAAAACUCAGCAUACACAGCCGCUAUUCAUUGAGGGCUGGAUACCUCAACAAAACUGAGAGCCUUUCCCCGCUUCUCUCCAAGGAGCCGUUCAGCUAGAUUUGUUCCCAUUUCCGUUGUGUUAAUUUCAAGCGCAUGCUCCCCUACGGUAUCGGCUGACGUACACGGUUAGCGAAAUCGUGGGUAGGGGAAUGGCGGUGCAUAUCAUUAACUAACACUCCAAUCACAGGUGAGCUUGCCUAGGACUUUGCAUUUCCAAAUCAAAGUUUUUAGAGAUGAACACCUACUGUGAGUUCUGCUACAAAGCACAAAUGAAUUUGUCUCAACUAUGCAAUUUGAUUGGGAAAAUGUGCAUGCAGCAUGUUACGUUGACUUUCACAGAAUAAAGCAGAUCUGUUUUUGAAAAGAGGAAGCUGAACUUUCCAUCCAGUACUGUUAAUAGCAUUUUAAGCCAUAGCAGAGUUAUAAAUCAGGUAGAAUUUUUCAAAUGCUUCAAAGGAACCAUAGGCAUAGUGUGGUAGAAGGAACAGCUAUUUCAUGUCAUAGGACACAUUCUCUUUUAGUCUGCCUGUCCCAUCAUAAGGUAAAGAGGCGGCUGAAUCAUAAAUCUGAUAGCUUGAAUAUAAACUCCAGUAUUCUUUCAUAAGGGGCUUUAAAACUAGUGUGCUAAACAAUAUGGCUAGAAACUGAAAUUUGAAAUGUAUAAUAAGGAAAGAAAAUGAAGUCUUUCUUAUCUAAGGAAAUUGUUGCAGAAAUUUUCUUUAGCUCUUAUGGGCCCACAAAGUCACUGGGAAAAGUCCCACUGAAUAUUUUAGUUAUGUCUUGAAAGCACUGGCAAAUCUGUGUGGUUUUCUUUUUUCUGGACAGAUAAUUGCUGUGGUUGCUCCUGAAAAUGAGUAUUUAUAUCAGGAAACUUGUGCCUGGGAAAUGAAAACCACUUGGAGGCUGGACAUGGUGGCUCAUGCCUGUAAUCCCAACACUUCGGGAGGCUGAGCCGGGUGGUUAAUGAGGUCAAGAGAUGGAGACUAUUCUGGCCAACAUGGUAAAACCCUGUCUCUACUGAAAAAUGCAAAAAUUAGCAGGGCGUGGUGGUGCACGUCUGUAGUCCUUUGGGAGGCCAAGGCAGUUGAAUCACCUGAGGUCAGAAGUUUGAGAACCAGCCUGGCCAACCUGGUGAAACCCCGUCUCUAGUAAAAAUACAAAAAUGAACCAGGCGUGGUGGCGUGCGCCUGUAGUUCCAGCUAUUCAGGAGGCUGAGGCUGGAGAAUCGCUUGAACCCGGGAGGUGGAAGUUGCUGUGAGCUGAGAUGGCGCCACUGCAUUCCAGCCUGGUGACAGAGCGAGAUUCUGUCUCAAAAAAAAAAAGAAAAAAAAGAAAAAAAAAUCAAUUUCAAUAUAGGAGGAGGAAGAUCUGUGCUCUGGACCAAAAUAUGAUCUUAAGUAAUUGUUGAAAAUUAUGUAAAAUAAACCAGUCCGUCCUAUUGGACUCUACUUUAUCAUAGUUAGAAUUGUUUUACACUCCCCUUUGAUUCCUGCCUACUGUAAGUUUCCAGCGGUGAUUCCGAGAGAGGAGUUGUCUGUUCCUAAAUGCACUUUGGGUUCACUAUGUAUCAUUCUUUUCAGUACCUCCCAGCACACUGCUUUGACUUAAGCACCAUACAGAAUGCUUUCUACAUGGGUCUUUAGAUAGAUGCUUCCUGACACCACUAACGGUUUGAUAGCAAGUUAGCUCAUGGGUUCUGGCUGCAAGGGAGUGUAAGGGCCAAAUCCUGAUAUAAUUGUGAAUUGUUUUCGCCAAGGAGCCUAUGCUCAUGGAAGGCUAAUUAGGGAAUUAGCCUGUUUUCCUAUUCCGGUUUACCCUUAUUCCCAGAAGAGAUGUGAUUGACAGGCUGUUCCAUGAUUGAGGCUUCUGCUGUCCAUCUCUGCUUGACUGCACAGGUGGAAUUGUGCAAAUACUCCUGGUUAUAAGGCUGUUUCCCUCUCUUCCUAGGAAGGACAUUGGUCAAACAUUUCUCUUGGUUGCAUGCAGUUUGUGUUAAUACUGUUAGACUGAACAAUGUCUACAAGGGGUGGAGCUAGUGGUCUCAGGGGCUAAGGGCUUCCUUCUGGCUCUUGGGCUUGGUUCUCUGGGAGGUGAGGAGUCUUGCUUGGCUCACACUGUAAUUGCAAUGGUAACUGUCAAACUCUGGCCAAUGUGGCAUAUAUUUGAAGUAUUUAAAAAAAUCCUGCUGAUUCAGAAAACCUUGCUGAUUGACCUAGUUUCUCCUCUGGGGCCUCAAGAUUCCCCUUUACACUCUAUGGGAGAGCCUUGGUCCUUUAGAGGAGAAAGGUACCUUUGGUGUGGGAGUUAAAGCCAGUUCGGUGAUCACUGACCAGGUGCCAGGUAUCUUCAGGUGUCAUUUUACUUGAUUACCAUCUGCCACUGCAUGAAAUCCUUUGGGAUGCUUAGGCCAGAACUCAAAGAAAUGGGUCUGAAAUGUGCACCGCAGUGUGAAUAUUGUCCUUCCUCAAGUAUCUGCUCCUUAUAAAUAGCAGGUAUUUCAUUCAUGUGUUGUUGGCAAAUGUAGACUAAGUAGUAAAAAUCAUGAGGAAAUAAAGUUUUGGAAUAUGUACCAAUUAAGAGUUGUGCCCAAAACACUCAGGGCAGUGGUAGCAUCAUUGGAAUAUGACAUAGUCAACUGAAGUGACUAUUUUGUAGAUGAUACUAUUUAAUUGUAUAUAUAGGGUCUUAUAUGCUUGUUAAUAAAUUGAUUACAUUACUUUAUAGUCACAGCUCCUAUUAGAAGUUUUCAUGAAGACUCUCCAUGAGCUUAGGUUCAAAUUACUUGUUUUGGAAAAGGUCAUCUUGUUCUUUUGUAAGCUGUAAAUUCAUAUAUUAUUUAGCCUUAAUAUGCAAAUACAAUAUCCAUGAGUUCAGCCUAUUAAUUUAGAAACUCCCAGGAGGUUAGAUGGGUGGUUGGGGCAUAUUCUUUGGUUAUUUUCAUUAGCACGACAUCCUUAUGCUUUAUAGGUGGAUUUAAUUCUUGAAAAUAUUCAAAAGUCAUUCAGAAUCAAGGUGUUGGGGAUGGAGAGAAAGGAGAAACAGACAGGAAACAAUUUAGCAUUUGUUGAGUGUUGACGAUUUGUAGAGCAUUUUGUCAAACACUUAAUAUACAUCAUCCAUUUUAGUUCUCUUAAUUACCUUGCAAAGAUUUGCUUUUUAUUUUUUGAGACAGAGUCUUGCUCUGUCACCCAGGCUGGAGUGCAGCGGUGCAAUCUCAGCUCACUGCAACCUCCAUCUCCUGGAUUCAAGUGAUUCUCCUGCCUCAGCCUCCUGUGUAACUGGGAUUACAGGUGUGUGCCACCACACCCAGCUAAUUUUUUUCUGUUUUUGUUAGAGAAGGGGUUUCACUGUGUUGGCCAGGAUAGUCUUGAACUCCUGACUUCAAGUGAUCCACCGUCUGGGACUCCCAAAGUGCUAGGAUUACAGGCAUAAGUCACCACACCUGGCUGAUUUUAUUAUUAUUUUUUAAAUAAAACAGAUAUGAAGCAAGUCUCAGAGAGGUAAAAAACUCAUUUAGGAUCGUACAGAAUGGCAAAGUCAGGAUUCAGACAGAGAUUUAUCUGACUCCAUUAUUCAUUUUUUACACUACAGAAUGCAUACAAUAGCUUUUGGUUAACAAAGGCAAGGUGUGACUAUAAAAUAGGAAGGUUAAAGCAUUUCAUUUUUUUGGUGUAUUACUGUUACUGAAGAGUAGAGAGGUUUUUUUGUGUAAAUAAAAAAAAAACUCUAGGAAACAUCUGUAGGAAAUACCAACAUUUAAUGUUUAACUAGAUUUUUAAGGUAAAUUUACAUUGAUCUAGCUAAGUGUUAUAUUAAAGUUGUUUGUCAUAACAUACCUCAAAUAUUUAUUUAUAGUUCAUAUUUAAUACAGAACAAAUCCAGCCUUCGGGUUAACAUCAGGUCUUGGCAGAGUUUCUGAAAUGAAACACUAUGAAGAAAGGUAGUUCAGAUUUGCUGAAUCUGAGCUUUGGGGAUUUCAGGUGUAUGAUGUUUUUCUUUCUUUCUUUCAGAAUAUUAACAUUUCUAUUAGUUUUUUUGAUGAAAAUGAGUUUUAAGAUUCUUAAUGAGGGUUUUAAAUGAACACAUACAAAAUACAUAUCAAACCACUGAUCCCGACUGUUCCCUUUAGUCGCUGUGACAUUGUGACCUUUAGUGGCAUGCACUUGGAAAUGUCAGCCUUCAGAGAAGGGGGAGUUGGUUACCUUGAGUAAGGCCUCGUGGAUGUCAUGGCAGUCCUCCAUGUUCACCAACCACCAGGAAAAUUCUUCUUCAGUCCACAAUGCCAGCUCGCGUUCUUUGGUGGACUUGGAGCCAGAAAGUUUCUUUUUGGCCCUGUUUUGUAGAAAUUGUGCAUGUACCAAAGAGAAGCUUUAGAGUUUGAAUAGAGCUGAAGGGAAUUCCCUAGUGCACCCAGGAGCAGGAGGCAAGCCCAAACCUCGGGUGGUAGCCAAUUAUAUUUUUUGAUGGUGUAUGUUCUUAAAACAUCAGAGAUGGCACAGCACAUGAAUAUAACUAUCGAUAUCUAGGUGCAUAGUGAGCAUUCUAAGUAGCAGAUAGAUACCAAAAUACUGUUUAAUCCCAGAAUUGCCUAAACUGCAGGGUUUCUCGUUCUCUGUUACACAGACCAGUGGGUAGCCUUUCCACACAUCCGUGUUUCCUCCUCCGUAGUAAGAGAGUGCCGUGGCUGGCAGACAAAGUUAGUUGCCUCCUGCACUUUACCUUUUCGUCUUUUCUCUUCUUCACCUUUUGGGAUGCUGCUGACUGUAUCUGUCCCAAACUUCUUUUUGCGUUAGAAUCAGAUCUGUGUAUGUUUGAGGAGGGUUUAUUUUAAAGACUUCAUUUUUACUCAGCCCUAGGAAGGGUCAAAUAUGACAAAAGUAAAAAAACAACAACAAAACCCUCCCUAGGCGUUUGCUUUGGCAACAUUAAAAAAAAUGCCUUGGUGCUAAAAAGUAUGUAAUGAUGCAUGUUCACCACUAAAAAGCGCCACUGAAUUCACAGUAUUUCACUGCUAAGGGGCUGCAUGUACUUUGUGUUUGGAAAUCUGAAGAAUUUUCUAGAAAACAAGCACCCAUUACUCUCAUUUCAACAGUUAAUCCAUGAACUCUAUGCUGCAAAAAUGAAGCAUGUAAGGGAGAAUACUUUUCUAUGGAAAACUCAGUGCUUUUGAUAUUUAUUUUAGCAAGAAUUAUCGGAUGAUAAAAAUAAUUUCAGAGAGAGGUAGAACAAAUAUUUCAGAUAAUCUUUUCUUAUUUCUUCUCCAAAAAGCUGACACCCAUGUAAGGGAUUUUUUAACAUUGGGGUUUUGAAGGUGUUAUCUUUUCUGGUAUCCUUUCAUUACAUGCUAAAAUUGAAGGAGAAAAGAUUAUUGAAAACAAAAGGAAUUGCAGGGACACAUUAAACCAAAGGGGUGAACAAAAGAGGUUUAAAGUUUGUAUCUAUAAAUAAAAAGUAAGAAUAAUUAGCAAGACUAGUACCAAUUAUUGACGACUGGUAAUUGAUAAUUGGUAAGAGUAGUACCAAAUAGUGGGCAUUGUUCUUAAAAUACACACCUCUACCCCAAACCCCACAUGUUAAUUUAGAAUCAUGAAACAGGCAGAUUAGAUUCUGACUCUUUUGUUAAAAGAAAUGUAAUACUGUGUCAGCGAAACUGGCAUUAGAUUCUUAGUGGAGUGUGUGUUUGUGUGUGUGUGUACUGUGUAGAUGUGUGUUUGUGAUGAAAGGCUGUUUUGCAUUGUUGCAUAAAGAAGUUUGAUUUUGUGAUUUUUAAAAUGAUAUUUAUUUGGAAACUUCUUAGGGUAAUUUAAAAGAUGUAUAAUUUCCUUGUGUUUAAUGAAAUCUAUUGUCAAUGUACUAAUAAAUCUUGGUUUACAGCAUCUUGAAUACUUGAUCAUUGAAAAUUAAGAAAAAAGUUAAAAAUUAAUAAAGUGUGUUGGACUGAAA